GUCCGGCGACUGCGACCACUUUAUAAGGUAGCGGAAUCCCUCUAUUUGUUGUCAGUCGAUCGGAACUACUUUGCCACCAACAUUUCACGUCUUGGCAAUUAUCUUAAAAUUGUUAACAAAAUGGCCCUGCCGCAAAAGCAUUUCAAGAGGGGUUCCACCAAGCCCGAGCUGCCAGAAGAUGGAGUUCCUCGUUUCUUUUCCAUGGCAUUCUGCCCAUUCAGCCACCGAGUUUGUCUCAUGCUGACCGCCAAACAGAUUGAACAUCAUAAGAUCUACGUCGAUUUGAUUGAGAAGCCAGAAUGGUACAAUGAUUUCAGUCCCCUGGGCAAAGUGCCCGCCCUGCAGCUUACUGGGGUGAAGGAUCAACCGACCCUCGUGGAGUCGCUCAUCAUAGCAGAGUACUUGGACCAGCAAUACCCCCAGACACGACUCUUUCCCACGGAUCCGCUUCAGAAGGCGCUGGACAAGAUUCUAAUCGAACGUUUUGCUCCAGUGGUCAGUGCCAUUUAUCCUGUGCUGACUUGUAAUCCCAACGCUCCGAAAGAUGCCAUACAGAACUUCGAGAAUGCCUUGGAUGUUUUUGAAGUGGAGUUGGGCAAAAGAGGAACCCCCUACUUUGCUGGCCAGCACAUUGGAAUCGUGGACUACAUGAUUUGGCCUUGGUUCGAACGUUUUCCCAGCAUGAAAAUCAAUACUGAGCAAAAGUAUGAGCUGGAUGCAAAACGAUUUGAGAAGCUGCUUAAGUGGCGCGAUUUGAUGACCCAGGAUGAGGUUGUGCAGAAGACAGCUUUGGAUGUCCAGCUGCAUGCCGAGUUCCAGAAAUCGAAGACCCUUGGAAAUCCCCAGUACGACAUUGCCUUCAAGGGCACACCAUAGAACGACAACUGGUUUAGCCUAGAUCAAAUCUUUGGAACCGGUUAUGGACUGCAUUUAUGUUUUAUUCAUUCCAUGCGAACAAUUCAAAUAAACCAAGUGCAUCAGGCA